UCCUUUCCCGGUUUCCCCAGUUACGUGCUCCAGUCAGUGUGUGCUUCUUGUAACCUUCUUGGCCUUUGUCCGAUUUCACGUAGACUGUGCGCAGCGAAUCCACGCUGUCGGAAAGGCAUCAUCGGCUCGGCAAAUCGGCUUGACUCGCGCUUCGCAUCCUCCCUCUUGUGAUCUUGUCCGGUUGUCCCCUCCCCGUGCAGUGACCAGUGAGACGGUUUUUUUCCAAGCUACAACUGACCGGAGCUUUUUUCAAGCAUUCCAGGCCUUUCUCCAGCUGCGUCACAUUGGCACCGUCACCAUAUACACCUCCUUGGUAAUGGUAACCUCCAAAACCUGUAGGAUAGGAUAUUGCCAAGGUCAAGCACUCGGCACACGCCCUGACAUCCUCCUUUGGUCCUGCGAAUGCAGUCAGUGCCUGCAGCUUCAACUCCAAGCCUGCACCACAUCAGUGGCCGCCUAAAAUUGUCAAAAGGAGCAGUCCAGGUGUAGAAAAAGGGGAAGAAAAGGCACGUUUGGAAAGAGCAAAGAGGCGAGCACCCAUCGGCAAGGAGAAAGAAAGAAGAGCUGGGCGUGGGCGAGCUCGGGCCGGGGAUUUUAGGCGAGCACACAGGGUUCCUCGUGUCGUCAAAGCAGAAUUGAGAAUCCCACCGCAGCAGACCUCGGUGGCACUAGUGGAGCCGUCUCCACCCAAUUCCGUGCUCCUGUGUGCUCCGCGAGGGGCGAUGGGGACGCGGGAGCUACUCCUCGUCCUCUGCCUCCUCGGCGCCGGCAUGGCCGUCUGCGACGCGCAGGCGCCGUCCCCGAAUUCGACUUCGUUCUCCUCGCCGCCGCCGGCGCCUCAGCCGCCGCCUCAGCAGCAGACGGCGUUCGGGCGGACCAUGUCGACGUUCAUCACGGUGGCCAUCAGCGUCUUCUUCUUCCUGCUCUUCAUCUGCGCGUACGUCAACCAGUGCCGCCUCGCGGACCCCGGCGCGCACGGGGAGGCCGCGGCGGCGGCCGCGGGGACCGGGGGCCCGUCCAGGAGGGGGAAGCGCGGGCUGGACCCCGCCGUGGUGGCCACGUUCCCCAUCGUCUCCUACAGGGAGGUGGUGGCGCACAAGAUUGGCAAGGGCGUGCUCGAGUGCGCCGUGUGCCUGACGGCGUUCGAGGACGACGACGACCUCCGCCUGCUGCCGCACUGCUCCCACGCCUUCCACCCGGAGUGCAUCGACCCCUGGCUGCAGUCGCGGGUCACCUGCCCGCUCUGCCGCGCCAACCUCGAGAAGCCGGCGCCGGCGGUGGCGGUGGCGAUGGCAGUGGCAGUGGCGCCCCCCUCGCCGCAGGAGCAGCGCCAGCCCUCGCCGCCGCAGGAGGCCGUGUCGAUACCCGUGGUGGACGAGGACUCCGAGGAGGAGGACAGCGACGAGGACGACAGGAAGGAGGAGGCCAUCGAGCUCGAGAUGCUGCGCAGCGCGCGUCGCGCGGUGAGGAUGCCGCGGUCGCACUCGACGGGCCACUCGCUCUCCGCGGCGGCGGCCGCCGCCGCGGAGGAGGGCGACCACGAGAGGUUCACGCUGCGGCUCCCGGAGCACGUGCGUGAGCAGGUGCUCCGGUCCCUACGCCUGCGGCACGCCACCAGCCUGAUCAACCUCUCCGACAUGAGCUCCGAGGGCAGCUCCCGAGGCGGACGCCGCCUAGGAGGAGGGGGAGGAAGCUUCGGCAACGGCGGCGGCGGCGGCGGGAGCAGCCACGGCGGGCGCCGGUGGCACUCGUUCCUGGUCCGGACGGUCUCGUGGGCGCGAGGCGGGGGCGACGGCUCCGUCCGGAAGGGGUGGGACGGGUCCACGAGGGGGGCAAGGGACGGCGGCGAGUCCAGCAGGAAGGGCUCGGCCACGCCGCCGCCGGCGGGACGGCCGUGAUUGCCCACCGCGGGACGGAAUAUUUGGCGAUAGCGUGAUAGCGGCCUGAAUUUCGGAAACCUGUUGCUUUCGCGAUUUGCGUGGCCUGUAGAUUUUGUGGGAUUGAAAAAUUGACAAGGAGAGGGUAAAGAGUUCAAAGAACCAUGGAGGGUUCUCACUUCUCUUUGGACUGCCGUUCUUUACGGCCGAUAUCCUCCUAAACGAUAGCCUCUCUUUUUGUUAGUGGGAGAAGCAUUAUGCUGGGAGCGUCAGCUUUAAGCCAGAUCAUUUGCGCUGUUAACCAUUCUUUAUGAGGAUCUUUCCCAGCAAUGGGACUGCAAAAUCAUGCAGGUAUAGUGUGCUACAUGUGUCCCUCCUCUUUUUGUUUGGGUUCGUGUCAAUCUGACUUUGAAAGAUUCAUGCGGGGACAAAGAAAAGAAAAGAAAAU